AGGGCGGGGCCUCAGCUCCAGUCGUCGCUGUGACCACAAGAAAGGAACCGGGAGAUCCGCGAAAAAACGUCGGGUCUUUCUACGGGUCGUUUCCCCCUCAGAUCACAGUAAUCCUUCGGUACCGCGGACCGCCAUGGCCUGCGGAGCGACGUUGAAGCGAUCCCUGGAGUUCGAGGCCCUCCUCAGCCCCGGGUCCCCCAAGCGGAGGCGGUGCAGCCCGCUACCGGGGGCUCCGAGCACUCCCUCCCCGCAGAGGUGCAACCUCCGCCCGCCGGUCGACAACCCCUCGAUGUCCCCGGUUCCCACCGCCGGAGGGGAGACCCGGCUGACCCCAGAGCAGAUCUUCCAGAACCUCCGUCAUGAGUACAGCCGUAUCCAGCGGCGACGGCAGCUGGAGGCCGCCUUCAACCAGAGCGAGGCGGCCAGCCCCAGCAGCGCUCUGACCGCGCCCUGCUCCCCCCCAGGCAGCUCCAGGAAGGACGCGCCGUGGUUCACACUGCGCCAGGUGAGCUACCUGUGUGAGCGUCUGCUGAAGGACCACGAGGAGAAGAUCCGCGAGGAGUACGAACAGAUCCUCAACACAAAACUCGCAGAACAAUAUGAAUCUUUUGUGAAAUUCACACAAGACCAAAUCAUGCGAAGAUACGGAGCGCGGCCAGCCAGUUACGUCUCCUGAACGCCCGACGCGCCGACCCCCCCCCCCCCCCCGAGCCUCUCUCUUCCAAGAUGGCCGCCCUCGGCUCCUCCUCCACUUUUACAGUUUUUAAGUUGUUUUUUGUUUUUGUAUUUCUUUGAUCCGUUUUGGUUGCCAUGACGAUGUAUCUCCUCCCUUUGAUCCUCUGGUUCUCUGCUCCGGAGUCGUUAAUCUGAGCGUUAAUUGUACAAAGCCCCCCCCCCCCCCCCCCCCCCCCC